CUGUGGCCAGGAGGUGAGAACACUAAGCCUGGCCUGCCCAGUGCUCUUCCCGCCGUCCCCAGGCAGAUUUAGCUGCUGACAGCUGCUUGGGCCUCUGCCGCCAGGCCCUGGCCGGGGAAACUCACCACCUCUCCCCUUUCUCAGUGACUGCGGAGCCACAGCCCCUCCAUGGCCCAGAAAGAAGAGGCCGCUGCGGCCGCUGCGGCUGCUGCGCCCGCUGCGCCUGCUGCGCCCGCCUCCCAGAACGGUGAGGAUCUGGAAGAUCUGGACGACCCUGAGAAGCUGAAGGAGCUGAUUGAACUGCCUCCCUUUGAGAUCGUCACAGGGGAGCGGCUGCCCGUCAACUUCUUUAAGUUUCAGUUCCGGAACGUGGAGUACAGCUCCGGGCGGAACAAGACCUUCCUCUGCUACGUGGUGGAAGCGCAGGGCAAGGGGGGUCAGGUGCAAGCCUCCCGCGGGUACCUGGAGGACGAGCACGCCGCCGCCCACGCCGAGGAGGCCUUCUUCAACACCAUCCUGCCGGCCUGCGACCCGGCCGUGCGCUACAACGUCACCUGGUACGUGUCGUCCAGCCCCUGCGCCGCCUGCGCCGACCGCAUCGUGCGGACCCUCGGCAAGACCAAGAACCUGCGCCUGCUCAUCCUGGUGGGGCGCCUCUUCAUGUGGGAGGAGCCCGACGUCCAGGCCGCGCUGCGGAGGCUGAAGGAGGCCGGCUGCCGGCUGCGCAUCAUGAAGCCCCAGGACUUCGAGUACGUCUGGCAGAAUUUUGUGGAGCAGGAAGAGGGCGAGUCCAAGGCCUUUGAGCCCUGGGAGGACAUUCAGGAGAACUUCCUGUACUACGAAGAGAAGCUGGCGGACAUCCUGAAGUAGGCCCGCCGGGCCCAGCCUCACGUCUGCCUGCUGCCACCAGGAGACAGCAGUGACAUGUAUGGCCAUCUGGGACAUGUCUGACUUCCUAAUACCACUUGAGCUGGACAACAUUGGACACCAACCAAUCCUCCUGCACAGGCCCUCCAAGGACUCUAAAUCUACUGCUCAUGCUGUAAAUCAUUUAAGCCAUGGCUCUCUCUAAGGCUGCUCUUGGGAAAAGUGAGUUGCAAGGAAAAUGACAACUGUAUAUGGGCCGCAGGCAUCUGUGGGGCUGAGGGGCCUAAUUAUUCCCCCAAAUGGGUUGCUUUGAGGCAAAGAGCCUCAGACCCAAGGUUUGUGCAGAUCUUUGAAAUAUGUCCGGAUGUGUAUUUGUUAAGUUUUUUUUUUUUUUUUUUUUUUUUUAAAGAAAGAUAGCAACAUUAAUAAAAGAAGUGGUGUGGUUUUUCUGUGACCAGGUUUUUUAGGGAACUUGGACAUUUAGAAGUUACUAUGUACAGUGAACAAGUCCUAGGAAUAGGGACGUUCCCAGGCUAUGAGCCAAACCAGGAUAUUAGAAAGUGGAAGGGAGGCUUAAUCCAGGGCUUGUCCAGGCAACACAGGAUACUAACUCUCCUAGGCGGACUUCCCACCCCAGUCUUGACCUUUAUCCAGUAUUUUCUUCUGUGAUUACUUGUAAUUGAGUGCCUUUUCCCUUCUUUGAAGAUAAGGAAUAUGGCGGAGGGUGAAACAAAGGCAGGGGAAAUCUGUUUACAAGAUAUCCAUGUUCCGACUGCCAACUAAUAAGCAAUUAGCAUCUUAAAGACAGGAUAAGUAGGAUUUCAAUGUUCAGACACACAUACUGUAGGAGUAGUUGGUAUGUGGUACUCAAUGGUGAUGGCAGGAUGGUGUCAAGUCUCGUUUCUUAAAAGGCUUGAGUCUUAUGGAGAAGCAAAAUUUCACAUGUGAAUUUCUGGGUGUUUGCCAAACUCUAACUAGGUUUCCGGGAAUAAUGUGCUCAUUCUAUCAGACCAUGCCUCUUCUUCCCAAGAUUCAAGUGUGAUAAAUCGUCAGAAUUUGACCCCAAGACUAUAUGCAAAUGACAAAGCACUUUAUCGUAUCCCUGCUGAGUCCCAGAAUUCCACUUACAGCCAGUCCUCCACAAGACUAGUCUUUGUUCAAAGAAUCAUCAAGGCUCAUACUCCAUGAAAAAAAUUAACCCUAAUUCCUUUAAAUGUAGAAGCCUACAAAAUCAAUGUUUUGAGCCAAAAGCAAAGAUUUAUUUGCAUAAACAAAAUACUUUCAUUCUCAGUUUGCUCUUACCAUCCCACUCUCAUUCUCUGUGUUUUGUAUUUAGACAUUUCUUUUCCCCCCUUCAGUUUUACCAUAUGUGGACAGAAGUGAAGCUUCAGGAAAGCCUAACAAUGAACUUGGCCCUGCGCUACCCCUACCCAACAACAUGAACUUGUCUGUUCCAGAGAUACAAAA